AUGUGUUACCACAGGCGCCUCAUCUUUGGUUGCAACCACCACGCCUGGCUAGAAAUCACAAAGCCUUGCGAGGUCGAGGAGGCAUUCAAUAGCGGCCAAGCUGAUACCGGCUGCGACAGACAAUGGUCGCACCCCUUUCACGUAAUACGCAUCCAAUCCAAGUGUGACCAGUGCGUCAAGCGACAGAAGGGAGACAGUUUUCAGCUUGGCACUGUCAAGGACCGGAUCAAGGCGAUCAAAGAGAGGCUCGAGCGGAUUAAAGGCAAGAAGGAGUUGCCCAGCAUCGACACGGUGUUGCAGGAAUCCGAGUCGGGUGCCAAGGAGGGAGCCGAUGAUACUUCACUGCUGGAGGAAAUGGCCGAUACAUCCGACAAGGAGUACCGCGCCGUAGAAGAAGACCCCAAACACUGGCCCCUGAAGUUGCCCUCGAUCAUUGCCGAGCGGGAAACGAAAGAAGUGAAUGCGGUAACGGUGGUUAGUCGGAAGGCAAUUGCAAGAGGCAGCCGCGCCGAAACCUCAGAGCCAGAAUCACAUGGACGGAGGAGAAAGGAAUCUGACAUUGAAAUGUGGGUUGACGAACGCUGGAAAUGUCCUUUUUAUGGUGGUUCUCGGACGAAUGACAUGCUACCUGCGUACGAAAUGACAGGAAACGACCGAGAGGCCGCAUGGUCAUUCAAAAGAAAGAAUGGCGACUCUUGGGCCGACGCCAUCCGACACCAUCUCAGCUUCCCACAAAACUGGAUCGUCCCCGUAGCCGCCGUAGCCAUUGCGCUAGGGGCCCGGAGUUUCUACCAAUCCUACUUGCACCGCCUCCCCGCUAGCAGCCAUAUCACGCACAGCUUCUUCCGCAACCGCAGCCUUUUCGGCAAGGUCACGAGCGUUGGAGACGGCGAUGGCUUCCACCUUUUCCACACACCAGGCGGACGCCUAGCUGGCUGGGGCUGGCUGCGGCGUGUGCCCACGGACAAGAAACAACUAAAGGGCCAAACAAUCUCCAUCCGCAUCGCGGGCGUCGACGCACCCGAGGGCGCGCACUUCGGGCGACCGGCGCAGCCCUUCGCGGCGGAGGCGCUGACCUUCCUCGAGAGCUACCUGCUCGGGCGGCGGGUGCGCGCGCACCUGCACCGGCGCGACCAGUACGAGCGGGUGGUGGCGACGGCGUACGUGCGGCGGCCGCCCUUCUUCGUCCCGCGCCGCGACGUCGGCCUCGAGAUGCUCCGCCGCGGUCUGGCGGUUACCUACGAGGGGAAGACGGGCGCCGAGUUUGGGGGCGCGGAGGUCGAGGCGCGGUAUAGGGAGGCCGAGGCCGAGGCGAAGAGGAAGGGGGUUGGGUUGUGGGCUGGGAGUGCUAAGCGGGCGGGGUCUGCCGAGGGUGGGAAGAAGAAGAAGGAGUUGGAGAGUCCGAUGGAGUAUAAGAAGCGGAUGAAGGCUUUGGAGGGGAAGGCGUGA